ACCAUGACUAAUCCUAGUUCAUUUAUAGCGAUAGGAAUUUGCUAUAUACACUAGAACAAAAUUGCGGUUUUUCUAUCGCAUGCUCUAAUAUGGUUUCAUGACCGAUUGAAGAUCAAUGACACUUCUAAGCCCUGUCAACAUUAUAAUAUAAAAGUGCAGCAUAACUUCGAUUGAAUGCAGUUUUGCAGCAGAUCUUCCAAUAGUGAAGUUUAUUUUUCCCGCUCAAAAUACACCAACCUUGCUCAGCAAGAUGUCUGACUGGAAGACGGGUUUUCUGUGUCUUAUGACACGCCCUUGGGAACCGCUGUUCUACCCCAGGUACGGUGGCAAAACGUACAUGUCGCUGCCGGAGAGCUACUUCAGCGACCGUUACCGUCCCAUUGCCGGCUCGAUUGCUGAUCGUUUUGGAAGUACGACUCCGUACCACGUGAACGUCAAACAAACGGAACUUCCCGAUUUGAGCUACGCGGAGGCCGUUCCGAGGCAUGCGUUCUACAAUUUGUUCAGCACUGCCCAGCGACGGAUCGCUGGUAAGCUGGUGGAGGACUUUAUGAAGCAGCCCGACCCGGAAACGUUGCUAUCGGUGGCCUCGUACGCCAGAGAUCGACUGAAUCCAACGUUGUUUCAGUACGCGCUCUCGGUUACGCUGCUGCACCGGAAGGACACCGGGCAGGUUUCGAUGCCAUCGCUGCUGGAACUGUUCCCUCAGCGAUUCAUUGAUCCACUGGCACUUCCUAAGCUGCGCGAGGAAGGUUUCAUUGUUGAUCUGCCCCAACGGAUGGCCAUUGAGAUACCGAUGAACUUUACGGCGUCGGAGGCCGAGCUCGAGCAACGGGUUGCGUACUUCCGGGAGGAUAUCGGCGUGAAUCUGCACCACUGGCAUUGGCAUCUGGUGUACCCCAUGGAUGGUCCGCUUGAGGUGGUUCGGAAAGAUCGUCGUGGGGAGUUGUUCUAUUACAUGCAUCGUCAGAUGGUUGCCCGUUACAGCGCUGAACGUUACUGUAACUUUUUGCCCCCGAUUCAACCGUUGAACAACUUUAGAAUGCCGAUUGGCGAAGCUUACUUUCCGAAGAUUUUGAACUCUGCUUUGAACCGGACGUUUUCAUCAAGACCGAAAGAUUUUGUUCCAAGUCACGUAAAUCGACCGGCAGAUGACGCGGUCGGAACUAUUUUGGAAGUUGAAACGUGGCUUCGUCGUUACUUCGAAGCUGUUGAUUCCGGUGCAGUACUAUUGCCAAAUGGUGAGCGGCUCACGUUGGACGAAACAACUGGCAUUGAUAUUAUUGGGAAUCUGCUGGAGAACACCAUCCUCUCGGUUAACAUUCCGCAUUACGGUAACAUCCACUCGCUGCUGCACGUAAUCAUAGCGUACAUCCACGAUCCGGACAACGUGUACCUGGAAGGGCCUGCUCCAAUGGGCGACACAGCUACGGCAAUGCGUGAUCCCGUGUUCUACCGCUUGCAUCUGUUUGUAGAUGAUCUGCUUGAACACUACAAACGAAAGUUGAUCCCGUACAGCAUGCAAGAGUUGGGAUUCCCUGGCAUCACCAUUCGAGAUGUUUCCGUUCAAAUCAGUACAGGGAAAGCUGCGGUUAAUCGUUUGCUAACCUACUGGCAACGAUCCCAGGUUGAUCUGGGUGUUGGACUCGACUUUGGUCCCCAAGGAAGCGUCCUGGCAACGUUCACUCAUCUUCAGCAUGCCCCGUUCGUCUAUCGGAUCAACGUGGUUAACGAUAUGCAGAAAAACAGACGUGGCACUAUUCGAAUCUUCCUCGCACCCAUUUACCAAGGAUUUGGUGAACCACUUACGUUCGACAAGCAGCGUCGCUCUGUCAUCGAGUUGGAUAAGUUUACGGUCAAUCUGAUCCCCGGGAUGAACAACAUCACGCGACGUUCGGACGAGUCGAGCGUGACGAUUCCCUUCGAGAGGAGCUUCCAACGCAAGGACGUGGCGUUCUUCCCUGGGACCGAACGUCAGCAGUUUUGUAACUGUGGCUGGCCGGAUCAUAUGCUGCUGCCGAAGGGAAACGCCGAAGGAGUGCCCUAUGAUUUGUUUGUCAUGGUUUCGGACUACAAAAAUGAUACCGUCAAUCAAAAGUUUGAUGAGACGGACUGCAAUGAUUCUCACUCGUAUUGCGGAUUACGAGAUCGACUUUAUCCGGAUCGUCGAGCCAUGGGAUUUCCAUUCGAUAGGACUGUGCCGAAGGACGUGCUUCAUAUGGAGGACUUUACGAAGCAGUUUUCCAACAUGAAACGAACGGUUGUGGAAGUUCGCUUCACUAACACGGUUAUCUCGAAAACGUAAUCACUGGACUAGCACAUGACAUGUUUGCUUUGAGACACAAUAAAUAU